AUGGAAAAGGACGAGGAACAGGAUAUCAGGCUUGAUACAGCCCCUGAUUCCGAUUUGGAAGACGAUGAAUUAAUUCAAGAUUGGUCACAAGCUGCUCAGUUAUCGAUAAGAUCAUCUACAUUGCCCAAGAGAGGUGAGAAGGAUUAUGAACCUGAUGGUACUAAUGUACAGGAACUACUACUGUACAGAGCCAGAAAGGCAAUGUUUGACACUUUAUCUAAUUCUGCCAGAGGUUCAGUGGUUAAAAACUUGGUAAAGGCCUAUUACGAUCCCCAUGAACAUAAAGCUUUAGUAUUAAGACCAAAAGGUAAUUUCCUACAUACAUUGGGUAAAAUGCAUAGAGAUGGGACAGUUUGGUUGGAAUUCCAUGAAUUUGUAUAUUUAGCUGAAAGAGGUAGCAUAACGCCCUUUUACAAAAUGGAUGGUAUCGAUUGGAUAAACCAAGAACUCCCGUUAACCAUUGAAGACCUUUACAUGCUGUUCAAAUCACAGGAGGAAUUGGAUACAUUCUUUGUAUUUGAACAUCUAAAAAGGCUAGGGUUUAUCGUAAUGCCCACCAAUAACUCUUUAGACUCAUUUUUUGAACCUAAAGUUGGGAAAAAUUCAGGACAAGCUCUUUCGAAUACCUGGAACCUGCUACCUGAAUGGAGGAAAACUAUACAUAAUACGAUCUUUUACAGUCCCUGGAAAUUUUGGUUAAACAGAUACACCUCAAAUCCUCAAAUCUAUCAGAGUUUAAACCAAUUGAUACCGUCUUAUAGAGCACCAAGAACUGAAGAAGAAUUGAGACGAACAAGAUUUGGAAGUAUGACCAAGAAACCUUCCGCUUUUCCAAUUAGCUUAAAUGUUUGGAAACCGAGAACGGAUUUCAAAAAGAAAAGCCCUGGUAUUCCUGAUUUUCAAGUUGUCAUCUACAACAAAAACGACCCAAAUCAACAUUUUCCUACUUAUCACGAAUUACAGGAAAUAUUUCAAUACCUGGACUACAAAUUUGAAUUUUUAUCAGAAAUUGACGAUAAAUGGGAUUGGGAUGACCAUUCUUAUCACGAUGGUAAAUUAAGAAGUCAAACAGUAGCUAACGUCAAAUCAAAGAAUGCCGGUGUUGCCGCAGAUUCCAAAAAAUCACAGAAGGUGAAACCAAAGAGGAAACCUAAGCCUAAAUCUCCACGAGUUCAACAAAAGAUACGGCUGAAAAAUGGAUUCCGUAGUUUCCUCUUGGCGGUUAUGGAUGAUGGUAUGAUAAGUUUUAUCAAAAUCUCGGAAACUGAUUUUGGUUCUGAAAACGUUUGGUAUGUACCACAACUAACAACUAAAAAGCCAACUUUAUAA